UCGAGCUGGGCCGUUCUGCCCGUGACGAGUCUCGCCGGAAAAGCCCAUCUUCUCCGUCUUGCCGUCGCACGCAUUCCAAUCCUUCCCUGCCCCGUCUCCGGAUUCCGGAUCGAUCUCUCCUUCCUUCCUCCCUCCCUCGUCCUCCUCACUUGCACACCUAGGGUUUAGAUUCGCAUCUCGCCGCCGUCGCCAUGGACGACCCCUACAUCGAUGAGGACGGCGAGCCGCUCAUGGACCCCGACGCGCGGGACCCCUCUCCCGAGCCGCAACCCUACGACGACCUCGAGGACGACCUAGGCGGCGACUGGACCCGCGACCGCUCCCCGACCCCCGUCCAUGGCGCCGGCGACGACGUCGGGGCGGGGUCCUCCUCCAGGCCCCGGAAGCGCCUCCUCAAGAAGGGCGGGGGCGCUGGAGGAGACGGCAUGCCCGGCGACGACGGGCUAGAGGACUGGGGGCUGGAGGACGCGGACGCGGAAGCAGAGGCGAAGAAGAGGAAGGGCUCAUCGGCGCUGAGGGACCUCGCGAGGGGCGGGGGAAAGGAGAAGAAGGAGAAGAAGAGGAGGAGGGAGGACGACGGGAAGGAGAGGGACAGGGGGGUGGUGAGGGAGAAGAGGGGUUCGGGAGGUAAGGCCUCUGCCGCUGGGGGUGGGCACCGGGACCAGGACGACGAAGGGGAGAGGGAGAUCCAGGAGCUCUGGGAUACCAUCGCCGGCGGUGAUUCAGAGGAUGACCAAGACGGUGUUAGAACUGUAGAUGAUGAUAAUUUCAUUGAUGAUAGUGGGGUUGAUCCAGCUGAUCGUUAUGGCAGUGAUAAUGAUCGCCAUUCUCCUCGACAUUAUCCACAGGCAGAAGAGGGUGAAGAGGAUGAUGAAAUUGAGCGACUCUUCAAGGGUGGUAAGAAGAAGAAGAAGAAUGAUCGCCCACGUGCGGAUAUUGGUCUUAUAGUGGAACAAUUCAUUGCUGAGUUCGAGGUAGCAGCUGAAGAAGAUGCAAACCUAAAUAGGCAAUCAAAGCCGGCUAUUAAUAAACUUAUGAAGCUUCCACUGCUCAUAGAUGUUCUCUCUAAGAAAAAUCUUCAGCAGGAAUUUCUUGAUCAUGGAGUGCUCACUCUUCUAAAAAACUGGCUUGAGCCCUUACCUGAUGGAAGCCUACCAAAUAUGAAUAUUCGAUCUGCUGUGCUUAAAUUGUUAACUGAUUUUCCCAUUGACUUGGAACAAUAUGACAGAAGAGAGCAGCUUAAGAAAAGUGGUCUGGGAAAGGUCAUUAUGUUUUUGUCAAAAUCUGAUGAGGAGACUACUGCAAACAGAAAACUGGCUAAGGAACUGGUUGAUAAAUGGAGUCGACCAAUAUUCAACAAGAGCACGAGAUUUGAGGAUAUGAGGAGAUAUGACGAUGAAAGGGCUCCUUACAGGCGUCCUCAAAUGAAAAAGCCAUCGUCAAGUAGCUCUGGAAUGGAAUCCAGAGACGAUGAUGAUGCUGACUUCUCUCAACGUAGGUCUGGGCAAAGCAGUGCAAGGCAGCAUGCUUCUAGGCCAGAAGCCUCGCCUUUGGACUUUGUCAUUCGUCCACAGUCCAAAAUUGAUCCUGAGCAGAUAAGGGCUCGUGCUAAGCAGGCUGUCCAAGACCAGCGCCGGCUGAAGAUGAACAAGAAAUUGCAGCAGCUCAAAGCGCCCAAGAAGAAAAAUCUUCAGGCGUCAAAGCUCAGUGUGGAAGGCCGUGGGAUGAUCAAGUACUUGUAGACCAUCCAGCAUCCACUCUGGUAUCCUCAUCCACCAAGCCCUUGCACAUGAUUGUGACCGCAGUGGAUUGCUGAAUUAGUACAAAGCACACUACCACCACUCAAGAGCAAAUAGCUCGGCUCAAUAAUCUAGGAUUCUUUAUCCAAGUAUUUUUCCUGCCUGGUUAGGGUGCAACAGAUGGGCUUCAGAAACUUGAUGAUUUGGGCACUAUUUAUUGCCAAUGCUUAUAUUAUGAUCAUGCAUGAAUAUAGUGUGUUUCAAGCAGAGUGGUGCUGUUAUACUGUAUAAAUGUUUGUCAUGCUUACACGUUACAACUGGAUCGGAUCGGGCUGUAAGUUUAGUUGAAGUUUCACGUCUUUGUACUCGAGGAGCGUCAUGCGUUGUUAUGAAAUCAAACAUUGUGCGACAGCAGAUUAAUUGUGUUUAAUGGUUACUACAAACAAGACUGUAACUAGAUUUUGGUAAAUGACAAUAUUUUGGAGAAUUUUUUCA